UUCCUCUUUCCUGACCCAACGCCUCUCACCCAACAAACACACACACACACACACAAAAACUUCACCUAAAAAAAACACACACACAUAUACAUACAUUUACACUUACACAUAUACAUCUUCUGAUCAAUAACACGUUCCACAUUCCCACCAUUAAAGUCUGCAAAUUUAACUUACUUUCCCUUUUUCUUGAUUUCCCAAAUAACAAACCCAGUUCAAUAAAAUAAAAUAAAACCCCCAAAAAAUCAAUCUUUGUCACUUCAUUUCUGUUGAAUUUAGGAUUAAUUUGAGUUAAUUUCAUCUGGGUAUGUUUAAUUUCUGUUAAAUUUAUUGAUGAAUUAUAGUGGGUGUUUGUUAUUAUUAUAAAGAAAGAUGGGAUCCAAUGAUAAUCCGGAAAAUGUGGCUGGAAAUUCAACAAAAAACCAGUUUUCAGGGAGUUCAAGAGGAGGAGGGGGUGGAACCCGGUCGGGUCAAUCCGUUUCCACAAGUGGCAGUGCUGGGUCACCGUCGACCCGGAGUGACGUGGCAAUGGCGGCUACACCUGCUAGUGAGAAUACUUUUUUGAGGUUGAAUCAUCUUGAUAUUCAUGCUGAAGAUGCUGGAUCUCAAGUGGCUUCUGCUGCUACCGCUGGUAGCAAGACAAAAAAACGAGCUCAACGUGCAACUGGAGGGGACAAAGGUGGUAGAGGACUUCGCCAGUUUAGUAUGAAAGUGUGCGAGAAAGUUGAAAGCAAGGGAAGAACCACUUAUAACGAGGUUGCAGAUGAACUUGUGGCUGAAUUUUCAGAUCCUCGAAAUGGUGAUCAACCUCCCGACCAGCAACAAUAUGAUGAGAAGAAUAUUCGUCGACGGGUAUAUGAUGCAUUAAAUGUUCUCAUGGCUAUGGAUAUUAUUUCUAAAGAUAAAAAGGAAAUACAAUGGCGAGGUCUCCCUAGAACUAGUUUGAACGAUAUUGAGGAGUUAAAGAGUGAGCGUCUUGCUCUCAAGAACAGAGUCGACAAAAAAGCUGCUUAUUUGCGAGAACUGGAAGAUCAACAUGUAGGUCUUCAAAAUCUAAUAAAACGGAACGAAGAGUUAUAUAGCUCGGGCAAUGCACCAAAUGGUGGAGUGGCUUUACCUUUCAUAUUGGUCCAGACCCGUCCUCAUGCCACUGUCGAAGUGGAAAUUUCAGAAGAUAUGCAGCUUGUUCAUUUUGACUUCAACAGUACACCUUUUGAGCUACACGAUGACAAUUAUGUUCUCAAGGCCAUGAAGUUAAGUGAUGGAUCAAACGAUAUUCCCAGAGAGGGAGGUGUAGGAUCCAGCAUGUCAGCCAUGAUUCAGCCUGCCUCGUUUCCCCCACCAAGGUCCACCAGACCACCUCCCUCGCCUCCACUUCCAGGCAUAUUAAAGGGACGUGUUAAGUCGGAGCAUUAGUCGAUACAACCUCUGCAACAUCUGUAUAUUAUGUAAGCAUAUCCUGCUUUGCUAGUGGCAGAUCCAUAAUGCCUUUGUAUUUGAUUUAUGAUAAUUUAUUUUAAAUUCUUUGUUUGUCGACUGAAUAUUGAAAGCCUGUGGUCUAUGUUAGGCUUUAUACACUGAGUUGGAUAAUGAGGGACGAAUAGAGGUUAUUGUUGUGUAACUAGACAUCAAAAAAACCUCAAAUAUGAGUUUGGGAUCCAAUUUGCUGGACUGCAAAAGAGUUUGAAUAGCCUGAGUCAAACUUAAGCUUGAUCAGUUAACUGAAACCUUUUCUGAGUGAUAGUGCAAACGUUUGAGUCAUGUAUAUA